CAUAACCCGGCAUGCUUUGCGGUGUGCGCUGUUGUACUGCUCCGGUUGCUGUGCGUCUCCUGGUGUGUCAAUGACGGCCGCCUGGGGUUUAUCCCGGACAGUAUGACGGAUCUGGCAGGAGGAUUAGGCACCAAUAAUGAUCGUUCAUGAAAUGUACACUAUUCAAGUGUCUCAAGGAGAUGGAAGGACCAUUCCCAGAUUUGAGGGAGCUGCACAAGAAGUUGCUGCAAGCUGCACCCCUACAUGAAGACGUCUCUGCUUGUGCAGCACUAUUAAUGCCACGUCUUGCAAAUGAAGCCUCUAACAGCUCAGCAAUCCAUGAAAAUGCUGGAACAGAGACUAACCUGGCCACCACAUGGGUAGCCCGAGAUGUUACCUUGCUUCAGCUCUCCCUCAUCCAGAUCCUGAUCAUCAAAGCUGAAAACCUCUGCACUGAACCGCAAGUUAGAUGUCAGUAUUCCCGAGUGCUGGAGCUGCUGCAACACAAUGGAGCUGACACAACAAUUAUUGGACUGUUGCAGACUUCUGAUAAGGUGCUAUCACACAUCUCCUCCAAGUGCCUCUCCUAUUUGGUGCUAUAUCAACUUAAAUUCAAGAACGAAGUGAAUCCUCAUUGGCUUCAGUUCUGCCUAAAUACCUUCAGCGAUGACCCAGGAUCCCCCGCCCUGAUGCAAUGUCUGAUGUCUCUGAUGGCUGUUUACAAAGGAAUCCUUGUGGAUGAGAGGAUCAGAAAGGCAGAUUAUCUGCUGCAGAUUAUGGCUGCUCUGGAAAAUGUAUUUGAAGGAUUCUGCUCCACCUGGAUCAGCCGCCUGUCAGUAACUGAAUGCCAACCUCCUCCACCAGAGUCCAGCAGUCAGCUCUCCUGCCUCUUGGAUCUAUUAGAAGUCAUGGUUGCCUUAAGGAUGGAGCUGAAAUUAAACAUCUCCCUCUGUAAACAAGUUUUAUCUGUGAUUCUUCCUCAGGCCUUGAACCUAAUGUCCUGUCCUGUUCCUUACUUUGUUAAGAAGCAGGUCAUCCUGGUGCUAAAACGAUGUCUUCUGUAUAAAGCUGGCGAAGACUUCUUGCCGUCUCCUCACAAUAUAAAUAACCAGCAAGCUGUGGUGUUGGAUGAAGAUCUGGCAGUCCUGGCUACCACACUACUGAAUGCAGUACGGCAAGGAUGGCUAUUGCAAGUGCCUUCAGGUGACGGGUCAAGCAGCUUUAGUGGUGCUAAUGAAGGUGCAGAGCAUGGUCCUGACCUGGUGAUCCUGGGAGCAGCCAGUCUAUCUGUUCUCAAAGCCCUGGAGAUUCAGUUCCGUAGUAAAGCCUACAGUAGCCUUGGGCAAGAGUAUACAGAAUUUUCAGAAACCUCCAUGUACAUGGCUCUCUUGUUGACUUUCCUAAAACAACAUCUUGGAUGGAAGGAACCAGAGCACUUCUGUGAAUGGGUGUCCCUCACCUUUAUAGAGCAGGAUGAUGACAUGUUGGAGGUAGCAAAGAGUUUGCUUCAGAUGUACCUACACAAUCCAAGACCGUGCACUGCGACUAGUGAUGAUGAAGAUAUUCUAAAAUUGCCAUCACAUCAGUGCGGGAUGAACCCCCAUUGUAUCUUCCUGUUUCUGCUAAAGAAUUUGUUGUUUGAUGCAUCAGUCCUGCUGGACUUCCUGAUCUCCUCCGAGACCUGCUUUCUGGAGUACUUUGUCAGGUACUUGAAGCUUCUAAAGGAAGACUGGCCUCAGUUCUGCUCAACCUGCACCUUUCUUGACAAGUUGGCCUCUCUCCAAUUACCUACUGUGGCCAGUGACUCUGUCCAUCCUCUGCAGACAGUGGGCUUGUCACGUGCACAAGAAUCUUCUGUGGCCGGUCCAAAAAUUGGUACGCCAUCGCCAUGUUUUCACCAGUCUGAAAGCUCAUCCUCUUUAGGUGCUCUUCAACGCCUUGUAGAAUAUGACAGCUCUGAAGAUUCAGAAUCAGAAGCGUCAGGCAGCGAGCCAUGUCCAGUCAUGGCACACUGUGCAGGCGGUGACAGCUCAGAUAUAGAUAAACACAUGAAGAAGCUGGGGCUGACUGCAAUGCGUCUGAGACUCCAUACUACAUCGGCAAGUAAGCAAACUUCUACGUACCAGGCUUUGGGCAUCCAGCACAAAUCUGCACAGUGUCUGCUCGAGCUUCAGGGAGCCAUUAACAGACUCCAUAGAAAGAAGCUGUUUCCAUACAACCCAUCUGCUUUACUGAAGCUGCUCACCCAUGUGUGUGCACUAAGCAAAGAUCAAAGCACUGAAAUGUAACUAAAGCAAUGGAAAUGCAUGUAAUUUGGAUCCAUUUUCCAUGCACAUUCGCUAAAAGUUUUUGGAAUUUUUUUUAUUUUUUUUUCCAAACGGAAAACUGACCCAUAUUACAUGCAUGUAAACUAGAGAUCGUUACACGGACUAUAAAUCAGGAACACUCCUUCCUACACCAGAUCAUUGACGCGUGUCAACAUGCCACCAGUCACCGGGCAAAAGAGCAAAUGCUCGUCAGGUGAUCAGAUCUUUCAUUGUUUGUCCACUAACCUGAAGCCACCUCUGACCCUGAAAACAAAUAAAUUGGUGAAAAUUGUAGCCAGAUAUUUAUGAUGUAAUAAAUUCAGUCAUUUUGUGGACAAUC